AUGAAAAUAAUCGUAGAAACCAAGCCACCAAGUUAUAGAGAGGUUACGACUGCAAGUCGUAAAACUUCAGACAACAGUGUCUCUGUCAACACUUACAACUCACAAUCAUUCAUUACUGCUUCCCACUCAACACUCAAUCAUCUCAAUAUGAUCCAAAAGCGUUACUACUAUAGCACCAGUAAAUAUCAUCAUCAUCAUCGGCGAUAUGUAAUCAUUGUAAUCAUUUUACUAACUUACUUUUAUUUAGCUGAAGGGGUGAAGGAGCUAUCAUUUCAUGGACAAGAGUAUGUUCUCUCUCUCUCUCUCUCUCUCACUUAUGCCACUUUUAUCGAAGCUUCAUGGGAAAUACGUCCCGAAUUUGGCAGGUUCCAUAGACUGAAACAGAGAAAGGGUAUCGUAUCGUAUCGUAUAGUACAUCAAGUAGAUCCAUUUAAAGCAUUCUUUAAAAGGCUUUUUGUUUCUAUCAGACCAACUACUCCCGAAUCACAAUCAUAG